CGUGCUUACUACUAUGAAGUUUACAAUCGGAUUAUAUUGGCUGUUUAUACCAUUUAUUUCAUGUCUCAACCAAAUUGAUAUAGAUUUCUCUAUAAAUUAUAUGAAAACUAGACAUAUUAACGCUAUAUGCCUGCUGACAUGUGAUAGUGGCAAUACAUGGACCAACAGAUUUACGAAAUAUGCCAAUUCACAGUCGAUAUCAGUGUUUAAAGUAGAAAUAGAUAAAAUAUUGAAUGAUUACGCCCUCGUAGAUAUUUGCUUAGAACGAAAAUUAACGUCAAACGGUGUGCUGAUAAACGCGUGCUGUAGACUCUACGAAAAUAUUCUUAUUUAUGCAUCCGAAAACAUGUAUUUCGAUUCACGACACAAGUGGCUUGUGAUUGGUCAUAGAAACGUCACCAUUUUGAAUUCUGGUUUAAAAAGAAACGAAACAGUCAGUGGCGUCAUCGAGAUUUUUAAUCAUCUAAAUUUAAGUGUAGACGCUGAUAUUGUACUGUCUACUAGCACUAUAGGAUCUACUGCUUACAAACUAUAUGAUAUUUAUAAUUUUGGAAAAAUACAAGGCGGUGACUUAGUCAUUGAUGAACUGGGAUCGUGGAAUUCGGAUUCAGGAUUCAAUUUAAAAAUAAAUAUAAAUGACUACAAAUACUAUCGUCGAUGGGAUUUCCAGCGAACUCCGCUGAAGUUAAUAAAUGUGUUGACAGAACCUACAAAAGUAUUCAAUCCUAAAAUAUUAACAGAUUUGCAACCUGAUCUUAACAUACCAGUUAUAAUAACAUGUACAAAUAGAAUUCUACAUGACAUAGCCGAAAUACAUAAUUUCAGGUUUAUUUACACAAUAUCUGACAGGUGGUACGGUGAUUUCACCAGGAACAGUUCGAAGGCAGUUGCAAGCUCACUAUACUUCCGAACCCAGGACAUUUCUCCGUUGAUCAGAUUUAUUCAUGAAGCUUUGACGAGAAUAGACAUCAUACAUCCUCCUUUGACGUCCAUAGAAAUAAGAUAUUACUACAGAAUACCAACACGUGGUGUUGGAAAAUUCCAGAAUCAAUUCCUUACACCAUUAAGUCAGAAUGCGUGGUUAUCUGUACUCUUUAUUGCAACAUUGUGCUUAAUUGUAUUGCUGUUGGCUGCAAAAUUCGAAGAGCGACCAUCAUACAGGCAAUAUGCUGUGUUAUCAGUUAUAGCAUCAAUUUGCCAGCAAUUUUUUGAAGAUAAUGAAUUUAUUGCAACAAGAAGAGCAUCACUUGCUCGCGAAAUGACAAUCUUCAUAACGGGGAUUUUCUGCGUUCUCAUCUAUAACUAUUACACCAGCAGUGUGGUCAGCUGGUUGCUUAAUGGACCGCCACCUUCUAUUACUUCGCUGGAGGAGCUAUUAGACAGUCCCUUAGAACUGAUUUUUGAAGAUAUUGGAUACACGAGAUCUUGGUUGCAGGUACCCAAUUAUUAUUAUAACAGCAGAAACCAAAAAGUGGAGAAUCAAUUGCGACAGAAGAAAGUGUUCAAUAAGAAAAAAGGUGCCCCACUGUUCGAACCUGUCGAAAAAGGAAUUGCGAUGGUCAAAUCAGGAGGUUACGCUUACCACACCGAUAUGGAUACUGCAAAUAAACUAAUCUCCAGGUCUUUUACUCAAGCAGAAUUGUGUGAACUUGGCUCUUUGCAGUCUAUGGAAAAAACUAACUUGUACGCAUGCGUACAAAAGGACAGUCCGUUUAAAGAAUUCUUCGUUUGGAGUGUAGCUCGACUGUCAGAGCGCGGAAUCAUUUCAUGUAUACAACGACGUACAAAUGUUUUAGUACCAAAAUGUGAAGGCAGUUCGCCUAGGGCUCUGGCGUUAGGUGGUGCCUCUCCUGCCUUCUUGUUACUUGCUAUUGGUUACUUUUUAGCAACUAUAAUAAUGCUUUUAGAGAGAGUCGUCAAGAGAACAAAGGGGCGGCCGCAAACUGGUAAUUGCGAUAAUGAUGUUAAACGAAAAUAUCACUCUGUUACAUAAUUUGUAACUAUGUAAUUAAUAUAAUUGUGAAUUAAACUAACUAGCUAGAUAGCUAAACUAAUAUUAUAAAGAGGAGGGAUUUAAUUUUUCGUCACACAGCUUCUAACUGUCCACUACUGAACUUAAGGCUCCUCCUAGAGGGAUUACCACGAUUGGCAUCCGCAUUUAGGCUUUGGGGAUGUUUUAAGAGGGACGCUGCUGCCUAUCGCUCGUACUCCGUUAGUAGCCUCUUAGCAGAGGGAGACUUUGUACAAAAGUCGAUUGCUUGGGUACCUCUGUCCCAUUCGUGUUCCAACCGUGAAGCAGUUGUGUUUGCAUGGCUGUGUUUCGGUUUGAAGGGUGGGUAUGGCGUGAAUUUACUGGGUACAGAGGAAUAACACCUGAGUCCUCAGGAAUGGCAACGCAUGGGA